AUGCAGACCCGCCCCGCCCCGCCGGGCUCCCAGGCAGCGGGCCCCCAGGGGCGGGCGGAGGGCGGGCGCGCGGCCCGGCUCCUCCCGCCUCCGCACCAAUCCCAGCGCCGGCCCCGCCCGCCAUGGGGACCCCGCGUCUCCGCGACGCCCGCGGGGGUGCGCUGGCGCCGUCGGAGGAGGGAGCGCCGCCCCCAGGGCCGGGCGCUGGGCGGGCUCGUCCCUCUGUCUGUGGCCGGCGUAGCCCGUGGACGGCUCCGCGCCCGACCAGUCGGGGCAGGUGCUGACAGACCACUGGGAAGGAGAGGGGCCGAAUCCCUGUCCCUGGCUUCCUGGAGAGCCCUUCAUUUGGAAAAUAUUGCAGAACACACAUCCAACCAAGGACUUGCAUCCAGAAGCUAUAACAACCCCUCAAAACUCAAAAGUAAGAAUAGACAGAGACGUUGGGAGCACCUAGACGAAGGGGAGAUUCCUGCAGUGCUCUGGCAAGUGCUCUUUGACCUGGGCCCAGGUGCUGAUCCUGAGGUCAGACCUGUCUCAGGAGAGAGGGUGCCAGGACGCAGGGCCCAGGACAUCAUCCUGCUCCACCACCACGGCAGUUCUAGGAGGCUAGAAGGAGGAGGGGGAGUUCUGAAGACCUCCUGGGGGAUUCGGGUCCUGCAAAGGCUGUGGUGCCGGGAGACCCAGACAACUCUGGGAUUUGGGCCCUCGGGCUGCAACCCUAAAGGCAUCUCCCUCUCUCCGUGGCUUGAGGCCAAGCAGCACUUUUGGGACUGUCUCCACAACUCCUGA